AUGGCUGCGCCCAAGAGAGUUGACGUGCUUGUACCCUCUGCGGCUUCUUGGGAUAGAGUGGGAGAAGCUGCCGAAGGAGAGAACACCCGCGUGGUGAGAACCCAGCCUGAGUCAAGGCGGAGUAUUGCCAUGGACAGCAACCACCAAAGUAAUUACAAACUCAGUAAAACUGAGAAGAAGUUCUUAAGGAAACAGAUUAAAGCCAGGCAUACUUUGCUGAGACAUGAAGGCAUUGAGACAGUAUCCUAUGCUACUCAGAGCCUGAUUGUUGCCAAUGGUGGUUUGGGUAACCGAGUGAGUAGGAACCAACUUCUUCCGGUGUUAGAGAAGUGUGGAUUGGUGGAUGCUCUCUUAAUGCCACCUAAUAAGCCCUACUCAUUUGUAAGAUACAAAACUGUAGAAGAAUCCAAGAAAGCCUAUGAUACUCUCAAUGGAAAAGAAAUAGUGGAUGACUUAGGACAAAAGAUUAUUCUGUACUUGAAUUUUGUGGAAAAAGCACAGUGGAAAGAGUUGGGGCUUCAAGCCUUGCCUCCAGGCCUCAUGGUAAUAGAAGAAAUUAUUUCUUCUGAGGAUGAGAAAAUGCUUUUGGAAAGUGUUAACUGGACAGAAGAUACAGACAAUCAAAAUUUUCAAAAAUCCUUAAAACACAGAAGAGUAAAGCAUUUUGGCUAUGAAUUCCACUAUGAGAACAACCAUGUAGAUAAAGAUAAGCCAUUACCUGGGGGUCUUCCGGACAUUUGUGAUAGCAUUUUGGAGAAAUGGUUGAAGGAAGGUUUCAUUAAACAUAAACCUGAUCAACUGACUGUUAACCAGUAUGAACCUGGGCAUGGAAUUCCUGCUCAUGUUGACACGCAUUCUGCGUUUGAGGAUGAGAUCGUUUCUCUCAGUUUGGGGGCAGAGAUUGUCAUGGAUUUUAAGCACCCAGGUGGUGUCACAGUGCCCAUUAUGCUGCCUUGUAGGAGUUUGCUGGUGAUGACAGGAGAAUCUAGAUACCUUUGGACCCAUGGAAUCACACCCAGAAAAUUUGAUACUGUUCAAGCGUCCAGGGGUCACAAAAGUGGAAUUAUCACCGGAGAUGUUGAAGACUUAACUUUAAGCAAGAGGGGAAUACGGACAUCAUUUACCUUUAGGAAAGUGAGGCAAACACCUUGUAAUUGUAGUUACCCUUUGGUCUGUGACAGCCAGAUGAAGGAGACUCCCACAUCAUUUCCAGGGAGUGAUAAAGAAGCCUCACAACUGGAGCAAGAAUAUGUCCAUCAAGUUUAUGAAGAAAUUGCUAGACACUUUAGCAGCACGAGACAUACCCCUUGGCCACACAUUGUGGAGUUUUUGAAAGCUUUGCCAAGUGGUUCAUUAGUUGCUGAUAUUGGAUGUGGAAAUGGAAAGUAUCUUGGCAUCAAUAAGGAGUUAUAUAUGAUUGGCUGUGAUCAUAGCCAAAACCUUGUGGACAUUUGUAGAGAGAAGCAUUAUCAGGCCUUUGUCUGUGAUGCUUUGGCAGUACCAAUCCGCAGUGGGUCUUGUGAUGCUUGCAUCUCCAUUGCUGUUAUUCACCAUUUUGCUACAGCAGAGCGUAGAGUGGCAGCUCUCCAAGAACUUGUUCGACUCCUAAGACCUGGUGGGAAGGCACUCAUCUAUGUUUGGGCAAUGGAACAAGAAUAUAAUAAGAAGAAGUCCAAGUAUCUUAGAGAAAACAGAAUUAGCCAAAGAAAGAAAGAGGAGAUCAGCAGUGAUACAUCAGUGCAAGAGUUGCUUGUGAAGCAGAUGCCUGAUGUGGGCAAUCAAGAUUCAGCACCUUCUGUCCCCUCCAUUAAUGACUUUCAGGAUAGAGGAUGUAAUUCAAGGGAAGUUACUAAUUCCAAGUUGCCUAUUCACACUAACAGGACUUCUUUUCAUUCUCAAGAUGUACUGGUUCCCUGGCACCUUAAGGAAAAUCCUGGUAAGGGCAAGCCUAUUGAGCCAUUUGGACCAUUAGGAUCCCAUGACCCAGGUCCUGUGUUUCAUCGUUACUACCAUGUGUUCUGUGAGGGAGAAAUGGAAGCUGCCUGCCAGACUUUGAGUAAUAUCAGCAUACUGCAAAGUUACUAUGAUCAGGGGAACUGGUGUGUGAUUCUUCAAAAGGUCUGAUCAUCUCUAUGAACAUAUAUACAGGGAAUAAAUGCUCAGCUUUUUUUUAAAAAAGGAGAUUAAAUUACCUGUAUUAUUAGUUAAAGAGAAACCGUGUGGAAAAGUAUCAAAGGAGAGUGCCUGAGAGAAAUUGUAAGUAGAGAUUAGUUAGGAAAUAUUUGGUCUACUACUAUUGCUGACAUCAUUUAAUCCAUAAAUGUAGGCUUCUCCUAUAGGGAGUAACAGGGAUGGUUUUUAAAAGUGAUUGAAGUAGUUUGUGAAAUAUUUGGGAUCCUAGGGUAAGUAAGAGCACAGCAUUUUGAAGAUAAACUUUUUUUAUAAAGUGUUACUAAAUGAACUAAAUCAUAUAGAAUCUUAGUGAAGUAAUCACAUAACAUUUUAUCAAUAAUAAAGAAAAUAUUCCUGUUCAGUAGAAAAUUGCCUGAAGUUUUAUCUGUGAUUGUUAGCUCUGUAAAAUCAUAGAUGAUAACCACUCUGUCACUACACCUUACUAGCACAGGGCUUGACAC